GUCGAAGGUACGGAUGUAGUAAUUGACACUUCUAUUGGAAUAAUGUGGAUUUUAAAUAGAGUAUCAUAAGUAAAAUAAAAUAAGUUCAUUAAACGUUAAGGAAUACUUUUCCACAUUUUCCACAUUUUAUACUACUUAUAUAUGUCUAUGUGCUACUUCUGAAACUGUUUAUAUUUCUUCUAUGAUGGAUUUGGUGCAAACAUACAAUUAUUUGUUAACAGAACUAUCGUUGGUUUCAAAAACUGACAUUUGGCAGUCAAGGGACACGCAACGGCAUAGGAUUACAGAGCGGUCGUACUUGAAGCUGAGUGCCGCGCACUGGUUAAGGUUGCCAGCUCCAGAAAGUCGUGAUUGGCUAUUUAUAUCUUCGCCGUAUCCAGUAUUGCUAAUAACUGUGGGAUAUUUAUAUUUUGUUCUGUACGCUGGUCCUUGCUACAUGAAAAAUCGACCGCCAUAUAAAUUGAGAACCUUUAUAUUAAUUUAUAACUUAUUUCAAAUUCUGGCAAACUUAUGGCUCCUAAAACUACAUAAAGAUGCCGGGUGGUUUUCACAUUUCACAGAAUUCAGCGUUGCAAACUGUGGGAACCAUUAUGCAAGCUACUUGGAUGCGCCUAAAGUGUUUAGUACAUUGUGGUGGGUAUACCUGCUAAAACUUUCUGAUUACAUCGAAACUUGUAUAUUCGUAUUGAGGAAGAAACAAAACCAGGUGUCUAGUUUGCACACGUUUCAUCAUGUAUCUAAUGUGACAUUUGCGUGGUUUUUCUUGAAAUACUUUCUGGAUGUAAGAGCUUCGUUUUUCACAUUGCUCAAUUGUUUUGUGCAUGUAAUCAUGUACAUAUACUAUUUCAUCAGUGCAUGGAGUCCGAAUCUCCAACGGACGAUAUCUCCUUUUAAACCAUUAUUAACUAAGCUACAGAUGAUACAACUUCUUUGCAUGGUAUUACCUCUACUGCAGUUUUCCAAUUGCAAUGUGCCAAAAGGAUUUGUAGCAUUCUUUAUUAUAAAUCUAAUUAUAUUUCUUUACUUAUUUUAUGAUUUUUAUAAGAAAUCUUAUACAUCUAAACAAAAGAAUAAUUAAUAUUAAGAGGUCAUUAUCUGAAUAUACAAUACAAAUUAUAUAUAUAC